GCUGCUCUGGGCAGACGAUGCUGAAGAUGCUCUCCUUUAAGCUGCUGCUGCUGGCCGUGGCUCUGGGCUUCUUUGAAGGAGAUGCUAAGUUUGGGGAAAGAAACGAAGGGAGCGGAGCAAGGAGGAGAAGGUGCCUGAAUGGGAACCCCCCGAAGCGCCUGAAAAGGAGAGACAGGAGGAUGAUGUCCCAGCUGGAGCUGCUGAGUGGGGGAGAGAUGCUGUGCGGUGGCUUCUACCCUCGGCUGUCCUGCUGCCUGCGGAGUGACAGCCCGGGGCUGGGGCGCCUGGAGAAUAAGAUAUUUUCUGUUAACAACAACACAGAAUGUGGGAAGUUACUGGAGGAAAUCAAAUGUGCACUUUGCUCUCCACAUUCUCAAAACCUGUUCCACUCACCUGAGAGAGAAGCCUUGGAAAGAGACCUAGUACUUCCUCUGCUCUGCAAAGACUAUUGCAAAGAAUUCUUUUACACUUGCCGAGGCCAUAUUCCAGGUUUCCUUCAAACAACUGCGGAUGAGUUUUGCUUUUACUAUGCAAGAAAAGAUGGUGGGUUGUGCUUUCCAGAUUUUCCAAGAAAACAAGUCAGAGGACCAGCAUCUAACUACUUGGACCAGAUGGAAGAAUAUGACAAAGUGGAAGAGAUCAGCAGAAAGCACAAACACAACUGCUUCUGUAUUCAGGAGGUUGUGAGUGGGCUGCGGCAGCCCGUUGGUGCCCUGCAUAGUGGGGAUGGCUCGCACCGUCUCUUCAUUCUGGAAAAAGAAGGUUAUGUGAAGAUACUUACCCCUGAAGGAGAAAUUUUCAAGGAGCCUUAUUUGGACAUUCACAAACUUGUUCAAAGUGGAAUAAAGGGAGGAGAUGAAAGAGGACUGCUAAGCCUCGCAUUCCAUCCCAAUUACAAGAAAAAUGGAAAGUUGUAUGUGUCUUAUACCACCAACCAAGAACGGUGGGCUAUCGGGCCUCAUGACCACAUUCUUAGGGUUGUGGAAUACACAGUAUCCAGAAAAAAUCCACACCAAGUUGAUUUGAGAACAGCCAGAGUCUUUCUUGAAGUUGCAGAACUCCACAGAAAGCAUCUGGGAGGACAACUGCUCUUUGGCCCUGACGGCUUUUUGUACAUCAUUCUUGGUGAUGGGAUGAUUACACUGGAUGAUAUGGAAGAAAUGGAUGGGUUAAGUGAUUUCACAGGCUCAGUGCUACGGCUGGAUGUGGACACAGACAUGUGCAACGUGCCUUAUUCCAUACCAAGGAGCAACCCACACUUCAACAGCACCAACCAGCCCCCCGAAGUGUUUGCUCAUGGGCUCCACGAUCCAGGCAGAUGUGCUGUGGAUCGACAUCCCACUGAUAUAAAUAUCAAUUUAACGAUACUUUGUUCAGACUCCAAUGGAAAAAAUAGAUCAUCAGCCAGAAUCCUACAGAUAAUAAAGGGGAAAGAUUAUGAAAGUGAGCCAUCACUUUUAGAAUUCAAGCCAUUCAGUAAUGGUCCUUUGGUUGGUGGAUUUGUAUACCGGGGCUGCCAGUCAGAAAGAUUGUAUGGAAGCUAUGUGUUUGGAGAUCGUAAUGGGAAUUUCUUAACUCUCCAGCAAAGUCCUGUGACAAAGCAAUGGCAAGAAAAACCACUCUGUCUUGGCACUAGUGGGUCCUGUAGAGGCUACUUUUCCGGUCACAUCUUGGGAUUUGGAGAAGAUGAACUAGGUGAAGUUUACAUUUUAUCAAGCGGUAAAAGUAUGACCCAGACUCACAAUGGAAAACUCUACAAAAUUGUAGAUCCCAAAAGACCUUUAAUGCCUGAGGAAUGCAGAGCCACGGUACAACCUGCACAGACACUGACUUCAGAGUGCUCCAGGCUCUGUCGAAACGGCUACUGCACCCCCACGGGAAAGUGCUGCUGCAGUCCAGGCUGGGAAGGGGACUUCUGCAGAAUUGCAAAAUGUGAGCCAGCAUGUCGUCAUGGAGGUGUCUGUGUUAGACCGAACAAGUGCCUCUGUAAAAAAGGAUAUCUUGGUCCUCAAUGUGAACAAGUGGACAGAAACAUCCGCAGAGUGACCAGGGCAGACAUCACCUAGAUGAAACACCUUUACCCUGUCCUGUAAAACACUAAAGUUACAUUUUUCACCAACUUAAUUGGAAAGAAGGGGAGUGAGAAAGCAAACAGUCUUUAAUGUGCUGUGGAUCUAAUCUAGCAAGGUAUCCUUGUGCCAACAUGUAAUCAUUAACGACGGAUGAAAAAGCAAGAAAACAGCCAAUCCUUAUAAAAUUCCAGCAUUAAACAUUUGUAAAGUGCUUUUCACCAUAGCAAGACUGUCAGAGUCUAUGUUAUUAGAAUGUUGCAGAUUUCCACUGAAUCGAACCUCACUGGAGAAGAGCUCACUUGUUUUUUAAAAAUCUUGGCUAUGUAAGCUGUCACCUGUACAAAUUUUUAACAUAAUAAUUCUUGCCAAAUAUGACUUUAAAUGUCCGUGUUCCUUCAGAGCUCAAUGAAAAUACUCUUUGGUUAAUGUAUCAAUAAAUUUUCUGUAAAUGUUCUGUUCAGGGUUUUACAGAGAUGACACGUUCUGACUUAAAACUGCAAAAAUUCUAGUAGAUAUUUUUCUUCAUGGUUUUCAAAGCCAGCUCUCCACGUUUGGAUUUUAACAAAAUAUAAGGCCUCUUUGCACUACUGAAAAAACACAUCUACUCAUGACAAGUGCACACCCACUAUGGCUGUCCUUCUUCUGUAAACAUCCAUUCCUCUAGAAUCUAAAUUGUAGAGCAGUAUAGAUUAUGCAGCACCAGCUGACUUUCUAAACCUCCUCCUUACCUUUAGGAAUACAAGCCUCAAUUUAAAAAAUAUAUUGUAGCUAGUAUUUCUCUACUGUUUUAAGGUGAGAGAUUUGCAAUUAAAGCCCAGUAAGCAUUUAUAUAGAAGCCACAAUGUAGAAAGAUUGGUUAAGUACACUGCUCUUGUCUUCCAUAUAUGAUUACUUAAGUUUCAAGUGACCUCAUGCCAAAUGGAAAUGGGUUGAGAAAUCUUGGUUCAGUGCUUAGUGAACAAUAGCCUGCAUUAAAAAGUGCAUGCAUAAUUUUGCACAAUUUAGAUUCAAUUGACAGUCUAUUCAAAGAAGUCUCAGGAUUAAAUGAGCAUGGAGACCAAAUUGCCCUCUUACCCCAGAAAAGGGGUGGUCCCUUCUAGUCACACUAACACUUCAUUGGCCCAACAGUGUGACAAAUCUUGCAAUGAACCAUGCAGUAGCCUGCAUCUGUAGGUUAAUAGCAAUCUUUUGUCUCCAUUGCUUUCUCUUCAUAGCCCUUUUACUGAAUUCCAUCACAGAAAGUUUUACAAUUAAAAAAAAAAUGUCCUGACAACCAUUUUUGUAAAUGGACCUUACCAUCUAAUCGUCCCUUAUUCAACGUGGGUGACAUUAACAAAAUGUGAACUUCUUGUGAGGGAGCCAGCUGUCUAAAUCUGUCAAAUCGUGCAGUUUUAUUACACAUUCUCCAAUUCUUCCUAGUUUCCCUGAAAACAAUAAGGAUACUGCUAUAUAUUCAGUAAAAUCUAAAAAAAUCAAGCAUUUCUUCUUACAUCUUUAAACUUUCCAUCUCCUCCCCAAAAUAAAAGGUGUUCUAUUGCCAUUAGUUCUACUGUUUUAAAAUAUCUAUAUUAAGUUGACCAGGCCCAGAUUUUUUAUACAGCUUUUUCCCAAGUGAAAGAUUUUCAACUGACUUAGAAAAACAUAUGCGCCCCAGGUGUCAUUGCCUUUUCUUUUGUGAGUCAUUAGAAUGAAAGACCAAGUUCUUCUCAAGAGAAGAUAGCAAGAUCCACGGAUAUUAAGCCAAGCAAAGAAAGUAAAAUCAUUGGAGUCAUUUCUUUCUGUUCUUAGGAGAAAAGUAGAUAGCACUGGCUAAUUGAUGGCAACAUAUUUUAAAUUAAGUGGUCAAUUCAAAAAAUCUCUUUGACCUUUUCUUUCAAGUAGAUUUUUUUAAAUGCAUGACUGGAGAAUUAUCUUCAAUGAUUCAUGAUGAGAGGCAGGUAGGAAUUGGUUAAGAAGUAUGAGCUAGGAAAAAAUUAUUGUUGAAUCACAUGAAAGGCAACAUCUGUUCAGUUCAUAAAGCACACAAUCUCAAAUGGAAGAAAAAAAGGUCCUUCGUAAGAAUACUGAUGCAUAAGAUAAAGACAAAAUAAUGAAAAAGAAAAAUGUAUAUUAUUAUUCCCUCGUCCAUUCUCAAGUUUAAGCUGUGGUUGUCAGUUGAAUGUGAAAUGACGUUAUAGUUGUUUUAAAUGGUUGGAAAUAACCUUUCUACUACUGUUUCUGCCACACUGUUGCCCUGGUUCAUAGAACCUUGUUUUCUUGACAGUUAUUUAAGAUAAUAAAAGGAACACCAACUGGCAGAUCUUUAAGUGAAAAGGAGAAAAAAUUUAAGAAAUUGAGUGAUGGCUAAAAGUAAGUGCUUCCAUCCAUAACUUUUCUUCUUAGAUUUUUUUCAAUGUAAUUAAAAUAUAUUUUUUUAUUUUAUCACAAAGAAUACUCAGAAGUUUUCUCAGAUUAAUGAGUAUCUCAUAAAGAGUAGAGAAACCAACACAUACAAUAUAUAUAUACACAAUCUAAAUAGAAAACUAUUUUCUUCAUCAUUUGCAUGCCCCAGAGCAGUUACUUCUUCCCUAUUUAUUUCUUUGAAAAUAAUUACAAAAUAGUAUACUAACAAUUUUAAUCCAUUUGCUGUUUUUUUUUUUUUUUUUUUUUUUUGAGACAGAGCCUUGCUAUGUUGCCCAGGCUGCAGUGCAGUGGCACGAUCUCAGCUCACUGCAACCUCCACCUCCCGGAUUCAAGCAAUUCUCCUGUCUCAGCCUCCCAAGUAGCUGGGAUUACAGGUGCCCACCACCACACCCGGCUAAUUUUUUUGUGUUUUUAGUAGAGACAGGGUUUCACCAUGUUGGCCAGGCUGAUUUCAAACUCCAGACUUCAAGUGAUGCAGCCGCCCAGGCCUCCCAAAGUACUAGGAUUACAGGCGUGAGCUACCAUGCCUGGCUUCCAUUUGCUUUUGAUAUUGUUUUUAUCUCUGAGUUACAAACUAUACAAGCUUACCAGGUAUAAGGUGUGAGGUUAGAUGCUACAUCUAGGAGCAUUCAAGAUAUACAUUAAUUUAAACUUUUAUUAGUCUAACUUUCCGUUAAGUCUCUUAGCUUUGAAACAUAAAAGAGAAAUCAAGCCCAAAUUUUUAGAGGAAGGCUAAGGUAUAACAUUGGCAGUUGUAGUUUUAAUUGUAAUUGACUGAUUAACCAAUUAAUUUAUAAAAUGUUACCUAUACUGUCUGUGUUCUCUUCCUCUCCCUCCCUCCUUCUUUCUCUCUCUCCCCCUCUCACUCUCUUGGCUAAUAUAUAUGUGUAUGUGUGUGUGUAUAUAUAUGUAUAUAUAUACACACACACAUACAUACAUACAUACAUAUAUUCUUUUUCCUUUUAACCACUUCCCUAUCCUACAUUUUCUAUUGGUUUUGCCUAAAAAGACAUGUUCUCAAUACACCCAUGUUGAAGGUAUCCUGGGCUAGACUGCUAUUGAUUUUGCUGGUUAUGAUCUUUUCUUCGUUUUUCUGAAAAAUAGCCUCUCUUGGUUCCACAUUUUCUCAAAUUCUAUAUAACAAAUAAUAGUGGAUAGUAAACAAAUGGCAUACUAGGCUGAUCUAUUACAAUCAUUGAAAGAAAUAAGGAAGAGCAGAAAUCACUACCAGUCCAGAGGCUCCAAUUCAGCUGCUUUAGCAUAUAGAUACAGGAAAGACGUGGAGAAUAACACCGGGGUUAGCUAACAGCAGGCAAAGUUAGUAGCUAUUUCCUAGCCAAGGAACAACCUUCUCUAUGGAAUAAUUUUAAGAAAAUUAUUCCAAAUCUGUGAGGAAAAAAUAAGAAGCAGUUCCUCAAUGGAGACUUUAUAAAUCUUAAUUUCCCUACCCCUGGGAUGAGAUUUGAAGUUGCAGAGGACUCAGACCAAAGUCCUAUGGCAGAAAAUGUACAUAUUUUUAAACUACUCCCAGGAAGUAAACUAUUACUGUGAAUGCUGGCAAUACCAUCAGAAAGUUUAUAUUUACAAUACCUAAAAAUAAAUAUAUAUUUGCUAUCUUAUCCUCUUUUUGUCACACAAACAUAAAUUGGUCAUAUAUAUAUUUAUAUAUAUGGUUAUAUAUAUUUGGUUAUAUAUAUCUUUAUAUAUAUCUUUAUAUAUAUAUAUCUUUAUAUAUAUAUAUCUUAAUACAUAUAUAUAACCAUGGAACCCGCCAAACACUAAUCCUAGCCAACUUCAAUCCUUCUUUCUCUUAACUAUCUUCUCUGAAUAAGUUCUGGACUUCACCUUAAAAUAAGUUUUUAGGAGAGUAAUAUAUAUUCAUGGGAUUGUGAGAGAGCAUUGUAGAGCUGUUUUCUUCUCAAUCAUAGUGGUGGUUUUCCUAGCUGCUACGGAAAGGUUUGUUCACUUACGAGAUUAGGACUUUUCUUAAAUUCCUCAUUAAAUAUGAACCUAAGGUAUACCCAUCAUUUACCUUGAUUCCCAUAUAAUUUGUAUAAGUCAUAUAUAAGUCCAUUGACAAAAUAAAAAAAUAAAUAAUUGGAUUCCUUGUAUCAACAGAAAGCCUUGUGCUUAAAACCUGUUAUUCUUCUUUGAGCUAGACUAAACAGUAAUAUUUAAAAAAUGGUAUCAGCUCAACAUUAAAUCUAAGGUUACUUCUCACAUAGAUCAUAAAGUCAGCCAUCAUCUUUCAUUUAGGAUUUCUUGGGGUUUUCUUUUUGCAUAUAUAGAUUAUGUAUUACUUAAAUCCAAAAUACAUGUGUGUAUAUAUACAUAUAUAUGUAGCUUAAUAUAAAUGUUUGAUGAGUUAUCUCAAUUGACUAUAAUAUUCUAAGUCAAAAAGAAAACAUUUCAGUACAUAAUAUAAAAAGAACUGAACAUUAACAGUAAUGGGAAAUUCAUAAUGGCUAAAUAUGAAAUAUGCUUUGUCUUUGCAGUUACAAACUAAUUCUUGUACAUUUUCCUUUUCACUAAAAAAAAAAACUAAUUGAUAGUUUCCAUUCACAUGAACAAGUUAUGAUCAGGUUUGGGAUAGUAUGCCCAAAACCUAUGUUUCUUUACCUUAUAUUCUUAAAAUCUGAGACAUGAUUUUUCUAGAAUAAAUUAAGAUUUCAUGUACAAUAGAGUCCUUUUCCUAAUACUGUUAUGAAGAAACCAAGUUGACUACCUUAUGAGAGAUCAGAUAUUUCCCUUAUCUCAUUAUAUUCACAGCAUAUGUUUGGACAUGCAUUUCACCAAGAACCAUGUAGUAAUAAGAUAAAUGGUAACCGAGGUACUAUGAAAUUUUUAGAACUUGAUUCCCCAGGACAUGCUACAGUAAACUAAACUAUUUAUUCAAAAGUAACCCAACUAAUUAAAGUGAAAAAAUUGUUGAAUCACAAUGAACAAACAUAAAACAAUACUUAAAUGAGAAUUCUGUGUCUUUUUUGGUUUUAUCUGUGAUUUAUUUUGUCCAGUGUUAAGGAAUGUUUAUCUUUAUCAUUCUUCUAUCAUGUUUUGGUUUCUCUAAUGGUUCAUUUUCCUUUAGGUUGUGAAAAUUAGGGCAGUUUGUCCAGAACCUUACUCACAGGAGACACCAGAACCAACCCAUGCUUAGAUUUCUGUUAAUAAAAGGGAGAAGGGUAUUUGAACAGGUAGUAAAGGCAGGUACAAGUUUAAGGGAGCAGGGCUAACAUAUGUACUAGGUGAGAUUUCUACAAAUGUUUGAAAAGUUACAUGCAUAGUCACUGGCUCAGGUAAUUUCUCUGAAUUUGAACUUAUUUGAUUUAUUUAACCAAGUUAUUAUAAUAUGCAGUUCUCUUUAAUCAAUCUUCUAUUAUUCAAUCAUCUAUCCAUUUAUUAAUUCAACAAAUAUUUAUUAAAGUGCCUACCAUGAUUAUGUGCUGUAGAAAAGAGAAGGACAUUUACUAGGGGGGAUUGUGGGCCCAGUGGGCAUCAUGAGCAUGUUUGAAGCAAAAGACAAUAAUCACAUCCAAUGGCACCAGUUCAGCUCAACUUUAGAAUUCAGCAGUAACAGUACAGAUGGCCUAAAGUACAUCUGUGUGUAUCUGUACGUGUGCACACACCCAUGUAUAUAUAUUUAUCUAUCUGUACAAACACUACAUAUGUAUACACACUAUGUAAAAUAUAAUAUAUGUAUAAUGCAUAUAAAUUCUAACAAGUGUAUUUGUGUUAUCUUUAAAAUAGAACAAUUGUAUCUUGAAGUGGUAAAUGCAGAGAAUUGGUUUUAUUGUUGAUCUGUGGAUUUAAUGAUUUCUAGGUGAAAAGGAUGUUUAAGUGUACAAUUUCUUUUCUUAAUUUAAUAUAUUUAUGUAAAUGCAUGCCUGAAAUUUGGUUAGAUUGGCUGUGUUUUGUGUCUUUUAACGUGAUCAAAUGAUUAAACUUUAUCUUAUGA